AUGCCGGGAACCGCACUCAUUACGGGGAUUACGGGCCAAGAUGGCUCUUACUUGGCCGAGUUCUUGUUGGGGCGUGGCUACCGCGUGCACGGUAUCGUUCGCCGGGCUAGCACGGAACCGACCGAGCGGAUUCGCCACUUGCAAGACCAGGUGGUUCUGCAUCAAGCCGACUUGACCGACUUGGCCUCGCUCGUGCGACUGGUUCAAGAGAUUCGCCCCACCGAGUUCUACAACCUGGCGGCCCAAAGCUUUGUGCCCACCAGUUGGCACGAACCGAUCCUCACCGGCGAUGUCACCGGCCUGGGUGUUGCCCGCGCCCUCGAAGCCAUCCGCCUGGUCGAUCCCGACAUUCGUUUCUACCAAGCCAGCUCCAGCGAGAUGUUCGGCAAGGUGCAAGAAACACCCCAACGCGAAACAACUCCGCUGUAUCCUCGCAGCCCUUACGGUGUGGCCAAGGUCUACGGUCACUACCUGACGAUCAACUAUCGCGAAAGCUACGACAUGUAUGCCUGCUCGGGCAUCUUGUUCAAUCACGAAUCGCCCCGUCGCGGGUUGGAAUUCGUCACGCGAAAGAUCACCCAUGGUGUGGCCCGCGUGAAGUUGGGCCUCGAUUCCGAACUGCGGUUGGGCAAUCUGCAAGCCAAACGCGACUGGGGAUUCGCCGGCGAUUAUGUCCGUGCCAUGUGGAUGAUGUUACAACAGGACGAAGCCGACGAUUUCGUGAUCGGCACCGGUGAAACGCACAGUGUCGAAGAGUUCGUGCAGAUCGCCUUCGACUAUGUUGGUCUCGACUGGCGGCAACACGUCGUCAUCGAUCCGCAAUUCUAUCGCCCUGCGGAAGUCGACCUCCUGUUGGGCGACCGCACGAAGGCCGAACGUCAGCUAGGCUGGAAGCCGGAGGUUGGCUUCGAAGACCUGGUGACGAUGAUGGUGGACAACGACCUGGCCUUGUUGUCGAUUGCCACCGACACCGACAAUCGUAUGUUGCGCGACGAUGCCCGACGACGAAGUCGCAUCAUGGGCGGAAGCCCAAUCGCGCCGCCUAAACCGGCCGCGAAACUGCAGCUGUUCUCGCCCGCAGAAUCAACGGAGAGAGCUCCGCUCGACUCGCGCCGUAAUUCGCAACGCACCUCGGGCCCGCGUUCGUGGUUCUCGCGAAUAUGGCAGCGAACGCUGCGUACGUUGAACAUCCACUACGCGUACGAGCUACGGCGCCGGCAUAUGCAGCGCCGGCUAUUGCAAGAAGCCCGCGACCUCCGGCACCUCACGGCCCAGCAUCACGCAUCACUGGCGAAAGACCGCAAUCGCAUUCGCCUGCUGGAGCGUUCCCUUGCCGGGAUGAUGGCCAGCCCCCAAGUUUCACAGCCGGGCCCCGGGCUUUCUACUUUCCGCGGCGCAAUCGGCCCACGGCACAUCACGAUGGUCGCCCCCUGGUACGGCGCACUGGCUUGGCCCGACGCGACCAAACCCACGGCAAGCGACUGGUGGCGCUGGGUCCCCGAUCACCUGGCUCGCAAUCUCACCGAGCGCGGUUUUCAGGUCGAGAUGCUCACCACCUGCGUUCGCAGCCCGGAAUCGAACUGGUGGGAGAACGAACUGCCCAUCGGCACCGAGUUCAUCGACGGUGUCCUCGUGCACCGCUUUGGGGUGAAUGACGACGGUGAACAGCGGUAUCGCGAACUCGCCGCACGUUUGAAAGCGGGCGAGAAACUCAAUGCCGAAGAGCAAGUUGAGAUGAUGCAUGCCGGCAUCAACAGCGACGCCCUGGUGCAGUACGCCCGGGGUCGCGUUGCUGAAACCGCCGUCGUCUGCAUCGGGUCGAUCCACGGCCUCAGCUACAAUCUGGUUCACGAGUUGGACGGUCAUUCGGUUCUGAUUGCCGGCCCGAUGGCCGAACCCGAGCCCGGCUGGGAAACGCUCCGCGACAUGAUGGCCUCGGCCGGACGAUUGCUGUUCUGGAGCGAAGACGACCGUCGCAGAGCCAUUCAACGCUACGGACACGAACUCGGCCCGCGGCUGAUUACCGCCACGGUGUUGGGGCCCCUGCUGGAAGAUCGUGGCCUCGACGCCGCAUCUCGAUCUGGCUCGACGGAAGACCGCCGUCUGUGGGACUGUAUCGUCGAUCGCCUGGUUCUGGGGGGCUUGCGAUUUCGACGUUUGUGCCAGCAAAUGGUCUGGGACGAUACGGUUCACGAGUGGUUCGUCUGUGUUCCACAUGAGCACGCAGUGCAAGAAGAUGAACUCUCGCUCGCACCCUACGCAACCAUGCUGACGAUUCCGUGGGAGCACGUCGGUCACGAUCUCGGUAAGCGUGACGAGCGAUAUCGACAGCAAGUCCAACAGUUGGUCGACGAACAUCAAAUCGACCUGUACUGGCAUCCCGCGGCCAGCACGCUCGAUGUACCGGUGCCUGUGGGCCUUGAUGGCACGCGCGUUUGUCUCUCGCACGAUGAGUUCCAAUCUAACAUGCUGCGACCGCUCUCACGAGACAUGGUCUUACAGCGGAACACUGCGAUCAUCAAAUGGAGCGAUUCCAUCAGUUUCGCGAGCUCAGGUGAUCGCGAGCGAUUCCUCGCUCGGUACACCUGCAGGCAAUCUCCGCACACAACAGUUCUCGCUCCCCCACUGUGCCCUGUAUCUGCCGGUGCAUCGCGAGCGGGAAUGAAUCAUCCAGACGUAGUGCGGGUGUUGUAUGGACACGAACAGCCGGGAGAAGAAGAGCUUGAACAGGCGGUUCGAGCGCUCAACGAAGCUGUGGCAAGCACUCGCUCCCAGCGACGACUAAAGCUGGUGAUUGUAGGGCACGUACGAGGGUCGCUGCACCGCAGCUUGGUUCGCCCUUGGGACACCGAGCGUGAACGAAGAGUCACACUCGAGAGUUACCACACCAUCGAGGCAAUGAACGCCGGCGGGCCCGUCUGCGAUGCGAUGUACAUCGGACCCGGGGGGGAGUGCGAUUUGGAACUACUUUCCAUCGCGAUGACGGAAGCAUUGCCGAUCAUCACACCGAAAACGGGCUUUAUUCACCAACUCGUGGGAGAUACCGGGUUUCACUACAACCCGAACGAAGCUGCUUCACUUGAACGGGCGUCAAGAAGUGCAUUGUUCGAUGGCCCCGAUCGGGCUAUGUCAUUGAGGAAACCAGGCAGCGCACUUCAGACGACUUGGGAUUCGGCUGCAGCUUCCCACGUGGCAUGGUUCCAACGCGUGGCUCGACCGCCCGUCGAAGUGCUGCCGCGACGUUUAAGAAUCGCCUACGCCUCACCGUGGGCUCCCCAGCGAACCGGAGUGGCCGACUACAGUGCUUCGUUAACCGAGAAACUGGCUGACCUGGUCGAACUCACCGUCUUCACCGAGGCCAACGUCCCGAAAGGCGCUGAAUGCCAAUGCCGCCCGAUUCGGCCGUUGGACGAACUUCCUUCACAGUUCGAUCAAUUCGACGCCGCGAUCUACCACAUCGGGAACAACGUCGAGUUUCACAAAGCAAUCUACCAACAGGCCUGGGAGCGACCCGGGAUCGCGGUGAUUCACGACUCGAACAUCCACAGCUUCAUGUCCGGAGCGUUCUUUCACAGCGACGACCAAGAACUGUUCUUUAAGGCCGUUGAAGACGGCUACGGUAUCGAUCGCGAGGAUUGCGACCCGGACCAGCUCGAUAUGUUCGAAUACCCGAUGUCUCGCGCAAUCGCCGCGCGAAGUCGUGCCACGAUCGUACACAACCGUUGGGCGCGCCAGCAUCUCGACGGCAUCGAUGCGGUGCAUGUCAUUCCACACGGGGCGGCAAGCAACCUGCGCACCUGCGACCCGGGGCUCAUUGCACGGCUACGCAAACGACUGUCCUUGGGCUCGCACGAGUUUGUCGCCGUCACCAUGGGCUACGUCAAUCGACUCAAACGGGUUCCGAUCAUCGUGCAGGCCAUCGCCCAACUUCGAUCGCUAGGGUAUCCCGUGCGGCUUGUCAUCGGUGGCAGUAUCACCGACGAGCAAGAAUGGCUCCUUCAUCAGAUCGCCGAACUCGACUUGCACGAUGCCGUGACCGUCACGGGCUAUCUCACCGACGACGAAUUCGAUGGGCUGAUUCAACUCAGCAAUGUCGUGCUCAACCUGCGGUACCCCAGCAUGGGAGAAUCCUCGGGCACGAUGUACAAAGCCAUGGCCCGCGAGAAACCGUGCAUCGUCAGCAAUUACGGACAAUUCGCCGAACUGCCCGACGACGCCUGCUGGAAGAUCAGCACCGACCAUCUCGAAGUUCACGAACUCGUGUCUGCAGUUGCCGAGCUGCUGCACGACCCCACUCUUGCUCGCACACUAGGAAACAAUGCCAAGAGCUACGUGCAGCGAUUCUCUUCGUACGAACUUUCUGCCCGACUCUACGCCAACGUGCUAGCAGAGACCGUAGCGGCUAGCACAGCAGGCGGAAACUCUGGCGAGAAACGAUCGGCCGCGUAA